AUGAACUCAAAGAAUAAGAAAUGGUUGAUGCAACCCAAGAUGUGCGCAAUGUUGGCAAUGAAGUCGGGGAAGCCCUUGAAGAUGUGCGAAAGAAGUGGCCCUGGAAUCAAAGAAACCGGGAACAGCGCAAGAAGAAUAGCAGCAUUCACCACAAUCGGACCAAGUGUGAUAAAGGCAAGACGUAAGAGCGAGUUCGAUGGCUCGCCAGCUCUGGCUGUCAAGAACGAUGGACGUUUUCAGCCAGCUCAAGAAGUUGCGGUAAUCAACAAAGAAUUCGGUGAAUUGGAACUGGUUUGGAUUGAAAAGGAAUGGCGACAAGAACAAUGCAAUCACAGUACACCAGAAGUACAGGAAGGCGACGUUCCACAUAACCAAGGAACAGUAGAGAAGCAUAAGGAACAUGGUGGAAGCAAAAUAAAGACUCUCGAAACAGAACCUGCUCAGAAUGAAGACGUUAUUCAAGUGGAAACCAGGAUGCGCAUAGUAGAAAGACAAGAAUCUGUCCAAAGGAAGUUGCGUUCCAAGAUAGAAGUACUCACGAGAAAGCAUUUGCUCUCCCAUUCCUGCUCCAAUCUUGGUUGUGAAGUUCAAGAUAGAACCAAAUCCAAGGUCUCUACCUUUUCCGCAUUGGAAGUAUUCACAAUGCUUGAUUCUUCCUCCACGCAACAAAGCAUUCAUACCAGCAUAGAUAUCCUCGUUCAAAUGCAAUCCUUUUUGAGAUUUAGAGACACCUCCUCUUGUGGUCAUGAAGAUCGAGUUCAAAAAAUCAGGAUGCCCGUAAUGCAACUUUCCUCCAACAUAUGCCAAGGGUUUUUGGGUGAUGGUAGCAGAUCGUUAACGUCUUCAACUGGCUCGAGAUAUGGGUCCGCUGGUGGGGCCAGCUCUUCGAAUUCUGCCAGGAUACUUCUGAUCUUGAUACAUUCUUCCAGAUAA